AUACAAGUGAUUUAAGGUCAUGUGAUUAUGUAAUCAGCCUACACGUGAAAUCUGAUCUUCAUAUCUCAGUAAGUACAACAAAGCUGAAAAAUAAGUAACUACAUUCACUAGACUACUGUUCUCAAUUGUAAUUUUGAGGUACUUGAGUAUUUCCAAGUUAUGCUGUUUCACCUUCAAGUAUUUAACUUAGUUACAAACUAUCGGGUCAAACAGUGCGGCUCUUGAACGCAGCACCACUGCAGGCAGCGACUCGAACUUUGGACCGAAUACUCCGGACUAUUCAUAAGUCUCGUCUUUCUUCGGUCAGAGGCGGAAACAUGGCCGGACCUCCAGUUAUCAUAUGGGAGCAUGAAGUGAAGCAGCUGUUGCGUUACAGGGAGCUGAUCCCGCGUCUGGAGGUCGCUUUGGGGAAAUUCUCCAAACGGGACAGCGCGGAAGUGAUCCAGCCUGUGCGUACCACCGUGCCCCUGCAGAAACAUAGCGGGUUCCUGGGAGUGAUGCCUACAUACAUGGAGAAUGAUGGAGUCCUGUGCUCAAAGCUGGUGUGUUUCUACAAGAGGGAGGAUGGUUCAACUUUGCCAGCCACCCAAGCCACAGUGCUGCUGCUGGACCCAGAGUAUGGGAAUGUCAAGGCUGUCAUGGAUGGAGACGUCAUCACAGCCAUGAGGACAGCUGCAGUCUCGGCCAUCUCUGCUAAGAUGUUGAUGCCUCCUGGAGCAGAAGUUUUGGCCAUCCUGGGUGCAGGCCACCAAGCCCUGAGUCAUUACAAUGUCUUCACUGAAAUAUUUUCUUUUAAAGAGGUACGUGUGUGGAGCAACAGAAAACAGAGCGCAGAGAAGUUUAGCCAGUCUGUCAGUGGCCCUGUGACGGUGUGCGGCUCAGUGGAGGAGGCGGUGAGGGGAGCGGACGCUAUAGUGACAGUAACUAGAGCAACAGAGCCUGUGCUCUUCGGUCAGUGGGUCAAACCAGGAGCCCAUGUGGCAGCUGUGGGAGCCUGCAGGCCAAACUGGCGAGAGCUGGACGACUCAUUGAUGAAGGAGGCGGUGGUGUACACUGACAGCAGGGAGGGAGCAAUGGCCGAGUCGGGUGACGUCAUCCUCUCUGGGGCGGAGGUGUUUGCAGAGCUUGGAGAUGUUGUUAACGGGACAAAACCUGCACACAGAGAGAAAACCACUGUGUUCAAGUCCCUCGGAAUGGGAGUUGAAGAUGCAGUGUCUGCUCAGCUGGUGUUUGAUCAAUGGAAAGCCAAAGCCAGCAAACCAUGACCAAGCUGGAUCUAGAUCAACACAAUAUCACAAGGGAUGGCAAAUAAUACAUUUCACUCCAAAUGUCCUAGUUAAGUUUAGAACUGCAACAAUUCAUUGAAUUUUUUCUGCAUUUUACAUAACAGUGAUUUGAACACUUUUGGGUUUUAGGCUCUCUGGACAAAUCAGUUAGGCACUGAAAAUUAUGAUGGGGGAAAUGAUGAUGAUUUUUACUGUUUUAUAGACCAAGCCAUUAAUCAAUUAAGAAAAUAACUCAGAUUAAUC